CAGAGGUGGCGUCACUGGGCCUUGUCCUAAACCCAACAGCAGAAGGACUUUCCUGCUGGAGCCCAACCGUUGUUUCCAGGUGAAUAUGGCUCCGACAACCAAAGAAGCACUCAGACCGUUCCUCACUGCUGUAGAGGCCCAGCCUGAGAGACCCAGGCCCGGCGUGUCUGCGGCUGUGGGGAGUAGGGGCCCCAGUAGAGACUCUGCAGAGGGGAAGGCUGAUGGCGUGAGCACAGCCACAACUCCAACCUCACGUGGAACCACAGCCCCAGACUCCGCUUUCAAAGACUUCUCAGAGGAGGACCUCCAGUCCCUGUUUGACUCCGAGUCGCUUUGGAACGACGACGAAGGUGGCGAUGACUUACUGCUGUAUCAGGUGUGUGACGACGUGGAGAGGAUCUCCAACAGUCAGCCCCUGUCCGAGGAUGCCUCCGUAACCACGGACACCACCGAGGUCCGCUUCCAAGAAAGCAAACCAAAAGCUCCUCCAUCCGGCCCUCUGGCUGCAACAAGAGAGGGGUCUAUGUCUAUGGAUAGGGCUGUAGGUGGUCCUAGCAGUAAACAGUCAACCACCUGCACGUCCGGCCGCUCCAACUCAGUGAGAGAGGGGUCUAUGACUAUGGAUAGGGCUGUAGGUGGUCCUAGCAGUAAACAGUCAACCACCUGCACGUCCGGCCGCUCCAACUCAGUGAGAGAGGGGUCUAUGACUAUGGAUAGGGCUGUAGGUGGUCCUAGCAGUAAACAGUCAACCACCUGCACGUCCGGCCGCUCCAACUCAGUGAGAGAGGGGUCUAUGACUAUGGAUAGGGCUGUAGGUGGUCCUAGCAGUAAACAGUCAACCACCUGCACGUCCGGCCGCUCCAACUCAGUGAGAGAGGGGUCUAUGACUAUGGAUAGGGCUGUAGGUGGUCCUAGCAGUAAACAGUUAACCACCUGCACGUCCGGCCGCUCCAACUCAGUGAGAGAGGGGUCUAUGACUAUGGAUAGGGCUGUAGGUGGUCCUAGCAGUAAACAGUCAACCACCUGCACGUCCGGCCGCUCCAACUCAGCACCAGGAGAUGGGAGCAGCACUCCUGUGCACUUUCAGAGAUGGAACAUUCCAACGAAAGCAGGAAAUGUUUGGGUCGGACAUCAUACAGUCACGUCCCAGAGCCAUCCAGGCAGCGGGGAGGGUCUGGGCAAGUUUACCCAGCUGAAGGGUGCUCCAGGCUGGGGAACAUUUGGCCUAGGAUCCCUUGCCGUUAGAACCUUCGAAGCGGAGAACUCAAAGUCGGUCAUGCCACGGACAGUGUCUGCGAGAACCCUCCCAAACUCAAAUUCCCAUCAUGCGUCAUCGUUCAAGAGACAUCUGUCGGACUCGGCCGCCAUCGGCAACAAAGGUGAGCUUUUUACCCCAUAAAAAUGCAAAACAAUGAUCCACCACUUGUCAGUCUAGUAUUAUGCUAACUCUCAGAGCCCUGACCUCCUAAGAGGUAAAUAGAUGGCUGUUGGGUCAGGUCUC